UAGGUACCUGUAGUAUCCAUGACAGCAAUUUGUUUAGCAAUAGUAGUAGUUUACUUUUUUUUACUCAUAUGCAUCCCAGAGUCUCCUAUUUCUUACCUGCUAGAAAACAAUGAAGAAGAUGCUAGAAAGUCUUUACAGUGGUUGCGAGGAAGCCAUUACAACAUUGAUGUAGAACUUGCUGUGAAGAAACAAAAUAUUGACGCAAUGAAAGCAGCUAAACUGAAAUUCUUUGAAGCCUUUUCCUCCAAAGCUGCCAAAAGGGGAUUGGUCAUCUGUGUGGGACUUAUGGUAUUCCGGGUGUUUAGUGGUGCGCCUGGUAUCAUAUACUACAAUACCAAUAUAUUUCACGAGGUUGAUUUUUCCUUGAGCCCCAACAUACAGACUAUUCUUCUAGGCUCCAUAGACCUUGUAUUCACUAUGGUGUCCUCUUCGGUGAUUGACAAGCUCGGUCGUCGACCUCUAUUGUUCAUCUCUGGAGCAGGAAUGGCUACUUCUACGUUCUUUCUUGGCCUCUUCUUCUUCCUCAAAGAUAGAAAUUACGACCUUUCGUCAAUUGCUUGGUUACCCCUAGUUAUUAUUUGUAUCUUUGUAAUAUCAUUUUCUUUGGGGUUCGGACCUAUUCCGCCAGUACUUUUUGGUGAAACAUUUCCAAGAAAUAUCGCAACCCAUGCUCUUUCAGUUGUUUCGUGCCUUACUUCUUUUUUUCUCUUUAUAGCCACAUUUUAUUUUGAAAUAAUAAGUUUAGCGAUCGGCAGAGGAGUUCUUUUCUUUAUAUGUUCAACCUGCACCUUUGUAGGUAUUUUGUUUACACAUUUUUUUGUUAUUGAGACAAAAAACAAACCUUUAGAACAAAUUUUAAAGGAGCUGGGAGAAUAGUAAACUACAGUAUUAUGUUAUAGUUCAAGUCUAUACACAAACAAAUCAUUCAAGGAGAUUCUUUGGGAUAUCUGUGCCUGAAUGUUUUUAACAGAUACUCACUGGUCUGUUGUCAUAAUAUUUUAUACAUGUCCAAGGAACAUUCUCCCAUAACGUUUGUAUAUGUGACUUUUUAGAAACCUUUUUAUGUAUAUAUAUAUUUUUUUU